UUAGCUGCCUGUGCUAGCAAGCAAUGAUGGUUGCCUUUUCAUAACAAUACUUCAGAUUUUGCCUUGCCUGGCGAGUAACAUGUUUGCGCUUUGCAACAGUCGAGUGGACUAAUGGAAUGCGUUUCUUCUGCAUAAAACUGAAAUCAGUCUAUCUUGGACAAUGGAAGCAACUUGUUUUGUUCAUUUUACUAGCAUCCUUACCAGCAGCUUUUGCAGGAGCAGGGAGAAGAAUCACAUAGGCUAGGCCGCAUAAACAAUAACUGUUCUGGACGCGGUAAGCCUGUUAAACUCGGGAUUGAAAGGACACCUGCAAUUAACACUUUCUAUAUGGACAUUUGAUCUUAUGGCUCGCUGUGUUUUGCUAUUAUGUUACCUGUCUUGCUGUCCGACAGCAAGUACCUUCAACGUUGUCUUUGCUAGUCAAAAUGGGUCGCUAGCUAAAUAGCUAGCUAGUACCACUAACCUUGGCUAGGAUAGCCAGCACUCUUCUUCUUUUCUCUCUACAUUUAUGACACAAUUUCAAAGAGCUUUGACACUUUUGUUUUCUAAUCAAGUCGUGCACAGUUGUCGUGCCAAAGAGAGUGUCACACUCUCGUGGAUUGUGGAACCUAAAGGAUUCUUACCAGCGGGAGCUUUGAUUGUGCUAACGUUAGAUGAAUGUGGGACUGGGACAAAAUGGAGACCCCGAGGAUUGUGUACGAUUUGGAUACGUCUGGGGGUCUAAUGGAGCAAAUACAAACGCUACUUGCACCACCAAAGUCUGAAGAUGGAGAGAAAAAGCGAAAACCUGAAAGGGAAACCCGGAGAAGCGGGAGAGCCACUAACCACGACACCUGCGACAGUUGCCGCGAAGGGGGCGAUCUGCUGUGCUGUGACCAUUGUCCCGCCGCCUUUCAUUUGCAAUGCUGCAAUCCACCUUUAAGUGAAGAUAUGCUGCCUCCAGGAGACUGGAUGUGUCAUCGCUGUAACGUUCGCAAGAAGAAGCGCGAGCAGAAGGCUGAGCAGAUGAAUGGCCUGCUGGAGCGUCCGUUCUCCAAGCGCUCGGCUUCCCCGGCGGCAGAGCUGGACCUGAACACCAUCAGUGGCGGUGUUGGUGGUGGCAUCGGCACCACCAUCACAGGCCCCAGGAUGGGCUCCAUGCUCCCCACGCUGUGCCUGGACAGACUGCCCCCCAUGCCGGGCAGUGGUGGUGGUGGUGGUGGUGGCGGCAGCCUGCGGGUGGCCGUGGCUCAGGUGCGUCUCCUGGAGCGUCGCACCAGCAGCCGCAACAACAGCCGGCCUGGCACGCCCACCUCCAACGCCUCCACGGACACCCCCACGCCCUCGGAGACCAACGAGGCGGACGGAGAGGAGGAGGAGGAGAUGAUGAUGCUGGACGCCGAGGAGGAGGCGCAGGGCUCGGAGACGGAUGCAGGGGGUGCCCAGCAUCGUCUGAAGCGGCCCUUUGAGCUGCUCAUCGCGGCCGCCAUGGAGCACAACCCCACGCAGUUCCAGCUGCCCCACGAGCUCACUUGCACCACCGCACUGCCAGGAAGCAGCAAGCGGAGACGGAAAGAGGAGAUGACGGGAAAGAAUGUAAAGCGGCUGCCGCACGAGCUGGACACCAAUGGGCUGGUCCCACUACCAGUGAGGGCCUGCUACACCUGCAGCAGGAGUUGUCGCGUUGCUCCGCUGGUCCAGUGCGACUACUGCCCCCUGCUGUUCCACAUGGACUGCCUGGAUCCGCCCCUCACUGCCAUGCCUGCCGGGAGGUGGAUGUGCCCCAACCACAUGGAGCAUGUCAUGCUUAACGAGAGGCGCGUCUCCUACAACAAUCGAUGCCAGCUCUUUGACCAGUUCCAAGACCGCAUUUCUCAGCAUGCAGUCAAGGUGGACUUCCUGCGGCAGAUUCACAGACAAAACCCACCCAACCGCAGCGGCCCUCACCACAACAGGAAAGCACUCAAGGUUCCAGACUCGAUUAAAAGUCAGUACCAGUGUCCCCCUACUCUUCCGGAACCUUCUGGGGUUCGGCAAGGGGAACUGGUCUGUCAUGGCGUCCCCGAGAAAGAGCACCCGUCAUCUCAACAGUAUUCAGCCAGCGAAGCCGAGCAGCAGGAGUGGCUUCGUGGUGUCAUUUCACUCCAGUGCAGUGUGAUGAGACAUUUAUCUGCCAAGCAGAUGUCAUCGUCCUCCAACGGGGACUCCAGGCAGCAGCAGAGCCAGCAGCGAGAGGCUGACGCAACAGACGUCAAGCCCUGUGUGGCCGCUGAGAAGAGCAAGGAGCCAGGCUUCCACAGCCCCACCUCGACCACCACACACAGGGCUCACUCACCCACCGCCUCACCCAGCCUUUACCCUAAGCCCUGCAGUACCCGCGUCGGCCCCCAGGGGGCCCCCGUCCUCCACAACUCCCAGGCCCAUGGCCGUGCCCACACGGAGCAGCCUGGUCGGUGUAGCACGGUUGGCGAGAAGCCCUGCCAGGACUGUAGGCCUCUGAAUGGGCUUCUGGAGGGCCGGGUGAAGGCCAAUGGCCCCAUGGUACGAGAAGGGGAGACGGAGGACCGGAAGCCAGCCACCGGGGGACCCUGCAGGCUUCUGUUUGGCUCUGAGCCCUCAUCCACGCUCCCCAACCAUGUGAAGACGGAGAAGGGCAGCCACCUGUCCAUCCCCUGUGCUGUGAAAGAGGGAUUUUCAUCGUCGGGUGGUGAGGGAAGCGUGUCGCUUGGUGCUCUGAGUCCAGGGGGAAGGCUGUCUCCCGCGAUGGCAGCUCUGUCCAGCUGCUUGAAAGGAGUAGUUGAAGGAAAAGCAGACAUUGAGCUCAGCAAGCUGGACGAGAGCCUGAUCCGCAUGCUGGCACAGCAGAGGAUCCAGCAGCUCUUCCCCCGCAAGGCGGCCCAGCUACCCAGCAGCAGCAGCAGCAGCAGCCAGGCUGGCCUGGACACCCCCACCACAAUCACUGCCUCCCCUUCCUCCACCACGCCUUCCUCUGUCGCCCACACACCUCCCCCAGAAGCACAAAAGAAGGAUGUCCAGGCCAGGGCAGUGUUCUAUCCUCUGCUGGGCAAAGGUGGAGCUGUGAGCAUGCGCUAUAGGACUUUGUAUAUAGGAACUGGUGCUGAAAUGGAUGUGUGCCUUACCAAGUAUGGUCGUUGUAAUUAUGUUUCAGGAAAACAUGCCUGUAUUUUUUAUGAUGAGAACACAAAGCAUUAUGAGCUGCUGAACUACAGUGAGCAUGGGACCACGGUGGACAACGUGCUGUACUCCUGUGACUUCUCAGAGAAGACGGCUCCCACGCCAGCCAGCAGUAUCGUCUCCAAAGUGCAGAGCAUGCGACACUGCAAGAAGAGGAAAGUGGAGCAGGAGGGUGCAGUGGAGGGCUAUCUGCCACCAGGGGGCGUGAUGAGUAGCCAGCAGCUUCAGCAGGGAGCAGGGGGAGCAGGAUCAGUAGCAGGGGAAGAGCCCCGGCAGCAGUGUAACUGCAAGGCCAGCAGCAGUAGCCUGAUCGGGGGCAGCGGCGCGGGCUGGGAGGGCACGGCGCUCCUCCACCACGGCAGCUGCAUCAAGCUGGGCUGCCUGCAGUUCGUCUUCAGCAUCGCCGAGUUUGCCUCCAAGCAGCCCAAGGAGGAGGAGGAAGUGGAGGUGGAGGUAGAGACGGAAGAGGUGGUGGUGGAGGAGGAAGGGGAGGUGCUGUGUCCGGGACAGGAAGGGGUGGAGCUGCUGGCCGAGGCCCAGGCCUCCGGGCUGACGCUCCACGCCACGGUGCUGCGCUCCAACUCGGUGCCCUAACACCCCGGUUCUGAUCCGGCAUGGAACUGGCUCAGAUCAACCGGCCCCUGGCUCAACUUAACCAACCACCCUACCCCAGCGACAGACACACACCCCAAGGGAAGCUCAUGAAGCCAAUUUGCAUAGGGAAAAGAAAUGACUUUGAUUUUAUACCAGUCAUACGGUCACAUGAAUUGUAGGUUGUCUUUUUUAUUAUUUAAUUUUAUUUUUUAGGUCUCAUGAGCCAUUUAUUUUGCACAUUGUGUUUCUUUUUUCCUUCUUUUUUAUUUUAUUUUAUUUUUUGUAAAAAGAAAAAUCUAAAUAAUGCAAAGGCCGUUAAGAACCAUCUUUGAAAACAAAAUGGUCUUCUCUCUCUUUACCUUUGGAAGGUACCUAUCCUUCAACUUCAUCAUAGUGUCCUCUUUGUGCCAGUAAAGGAAGUUUUUUUAUGUGCAUCCUCUUUCAAUCAGUUCAUGUACUCCCUUUUUAUUUUAUUUUAUGUUAUAGAAUUAUACUCAUACCCUUUUUUUCUUUUGCUACUUUUGCACUGCAGGUAGCUGUAUCAUCUUGCACACACAUGCACAUUAAUGUGUAUGUUCAAGAACUGUAUGUUAAGGUACAUACAGAACAUUUCAGUUUUUUUUCUUUUGCGAUUUGAGGCAUAGGAUACCCUUGUAUAUACGUUGUUGUAUAGUUUCAAUUUGACAGUACUUCACAAGUUACAAGUUCUUUUUAUUUUUGUUUUAUGUAUAAAAAAACAACUUUGUGGUAAAACAUGUCUUUAUGUCCUGUCCAUCUGUAAUAGCUCAUGUAAAUAGACACAUCGUUUUAGAUCUCGUUUUAAAAUUUCUUGCAUUUCUGUACAUGGAAAAAAAGGUUUUUGCCUGUAUUAUAAACAGUGUAAAUACAUAAAGAUUUUUAAGUACAAAGCAAAUUCA